AUGUCCAAUAGUAGAGUUGACUCUGGUGCAUUUUGCGAAAUAUGUAUAAAGUGUAAAGAGAGGUUACCGGGUAAUCAAUGGUGUCAACAAUGUGAGACUACCUCCUUUAAAAGUGCUUUUAAAUCAUGGACUAGUGGUAAUCAUGACUUGGAUAAAUUUAUAAGAAAAACGCAAUUGAAGGCUAUCGAUCGUGCUGAUUACUUAGAGUGGAUCCCUUAUGGAAGGAUCGAAAAUAUUAAAUUUAUCUCGUACGGCGCUUACGGUAGCGUUUCUUAUGGUACUUGGUUGGAUGGUCCAAGAUGGAAUUGGAAUGAUGAUUCGAAAUCUUGGGAAAGAACUGGUUCCGGAGGUGCUCGUAAACAGAUUGAAGAAGCUGAAAAAAUACGUUUGGAAUUACAGUCAGGACAGUUUAUCAUAACAAACCCUCCAAACACCCAUAAAGCAUAUUAUACCACCAGAGAAAUAAAGGUUAUACAUGUAUCUCCUACGAAAUUAAAUCUUGAAAUUUACAAUUUUAAACCAAAAAUUAGUAAGAAGUUGAAGUUUGGUGUGAAAAAACCUGAACAAACUCUUGCAAUGUCGAAAGAAAGGAUUCAUUUUCAAAUGGAUUUUGAUAACGGCAAUAAUAAACAAAAAUUUGAUCCUUUAAGUGACUUUAAUCAAGUAACCCCUAUUGUACCGCUACCUGAUACUUUUAAUAACACUAGUUUGAAUCUUGAAUUAACUGAUUACACUAAAAAAUCGAAGCAAAUUAAAAAAGAAAUUGCUCUUGAGAAAAGUGCAUCAAAAUACUAUAGAUCAGAUUGUCGAUGUUCUAUCAUUGGUGAAAUAUGGGUUAAUCCUGCAUUUAUGACUAGCACAUCCCGUAGUGAGCAGAGUGAAAGGAUGUAUGUUGCAGAUGUUAUAAUUCCCUUACUUCAAGCAAGUUUAAGUGGGCUCCCUAAUGGCAGUAUCUGCUUGAGUACGGCAGAACGCCAAAGUCUAGCAAGCAAAGCUCAACAAAAUCUUGGAAUAAAUGAAGAGAGAAUGGGGAAGAAACCUGAUGUUAUGGGUUUGCUGAAACAAGAUGAAAAGAUUAUUGAGUUAAUGGAAAUAUUAGAUAGUGCAAGUUUUGUAAGUGCGUUAUGUAGACCAGCUGGAAAUCAAUUUGGUGUUGUAGGGAUUCAGGUUGCAGGUACAACUAUGUAUCUGAAUGUUCUUGUAAAGGAUCUAGCUGGUAUUCCUCGAUACUUUCACCUGGAUCAUACAGAUAUCCUUCUAUCAUCAAGUAAUAAUAUAUCAUGA